UUACUCUCGUCUCUCUCUUUCUGCGUCCCCUUCUUCUUCUUAUUAUUCUCUCUCUCCGUCCAACUUCGGGGCUCCGUGCCCCGAACCCGAGAGCAGAGAUAGAAAAACCCACUUAUUUACUCCCAUUGGUUUGCCCUGCAUUUUCCUCCACUUUCUCGGGAAAAGUUUCAGAAGAAAUGUACCCGGCUAUUCGGUCGUUACCGUUGGAUGGAAGUGUGGGAGAUUAUCAGGGGUCGCUUGAUGGGACCAACUUGCCUGGUGAUGCUUGCUUGGUCCUAACAACGGAUCCAAAGCCUCGACUCCGAUGGACAGCCGAGCUCCAUGAACGUUUCGUUGAUGCUGUUACUGAACUUGGUGGCCCUGACAAAGCAACCCCUAAGACUAUUUUGAGAACAAUGGGAGUCAAAGGCCUUACGCUGUAUCACUUGAAAUCACACCUUCAGAAAUACCGGUUGGGGAAGCAAUCAUGCAAGGAAUCAACUGAUAACUCUAAGGAUGCUUCUUGUGUCGCAGAAAGUCAGGACACUGGUUCAUCUACAACAUCAACAUCGAGAAUGGUGGCGCAAGAUUUGAAUGAUGGUUACCAGGUUACUGAAGCUCUUCGAGUGCAGAUGGAAGUGCAACGAAGACUACAUGAACAGUUGGAGCAGGUACAGCGACGUCUUCAACUUCGGAUUGAAGCACAAGGCAAAUACCUACAGUCAAUACUCGAGAAAGCCUGUAAAGCUCUGAAUGAUCAGGCUGCUGCUUCUGCUGGUCUUGAAGCUGCUAGAGAAGAGCUUUCUGAACUUGCUAUCAAGGUUUCCAAUGAUUGUCAAGAGAUGAUCCCUCUUGAUAACAUAAAAUUGCCUUCCUUGUCUGAACUUGCUGCAGCUCUAGAGAACAAAACUGCUUCCAGUAUGCCGGUUUCUCCGAUGGGUGUUGGUUCACAGGCUGCUAUUAUGAAGAAGAGGCCAAGGCCCUUGUUUGGUAAUGCAGACCCUUUGCCCUUGGAUGGCAACAUAAGGCAAGAAAUAGAGUGGGUGAUGCCUAAUAUUAGUUGAGUAGCAGGACAUUUCCAUCUUAGAAAUGGUACCUUCCCUCUUUUUAUUUUUUACCCUUUUGUUUUUACUCCAUGUCUAGUUAUUAAUCUAAAUGUCUUUUUUCUUUUACCAACUGUACCAUCAGCGGUCUGUAUAUUCUAAAAGCAGAUCCUUUUGAAUAUGGGGUUACCUCUAAAACUUUACAUUGCCUUCC